CUUACAAAACGAUCUUUCGUUGAUGACUCUCGGCUCUUCCCUCGCUCGGACACAUCCUUGCAUUUUGCAUUUCCCAUGAACCUUGACGGGGCCUACCAGGUAGAGUAUUGGAUUAUUCGCUAGGAAGACGAAUCCCGGUAGUCGGUCAAGCUUAGGAGAAAAGAAGAGAGAAGGAAUGAUGAGGUUGACUUCACGAUCUUUCUCUGUCUUGUUCUUGCUCUUUCUAGAGACUCGGAGAGGCGUCGCCUUGUCUUCGGUAGAGGUACCCCCCUUUCGCAUUGGAGCCCGGCCCUCUCGACUAGCACAAAUCCAAGCUCAAGCAGUCUUGCAGGAACUGUCCAAAAAUCAUGGUGUAGAAGCAAGUAUUGUCAAGAUCCAAGCCGAUGGUGACCAUGUCAACCCCACCAAGGCAGGGAUUCAAACGGUUCCGCUGGCAGCCCGAUCCGCGGAUUUUACGGGGGCCCUCGAUGACGCCUUGUUGUCUCAUGACAUUGAUAUAGCAGUGCACAGUCUCAAGGACAUUCCACCCACGGCAAGAUGGAACCCACAAUUGACUAUUGCAGGCCACUUAAAGAGACAAGAUCCCAGGGAUGUAUUGGUCGGACCAUAUCCCUCCAUUCAAAGUUUACCUCAACGAGCUAAAGUUGGUACUAGCUCUGCGAGACGACAAGCGCAAUUGCGAGCCAUGCGACCGGACUUGGAGCUUCAAAAUGUUCGAGGAAACGUCGAAACAAGGCUCAGGUCCUUGAAACAACCAACACAGAACAACUAUGAUGCUGACAAUGAUGAUCAAUCGGUGGAUGCUCUCAUCUUGGCACAGUCAGGGCUGAAUCGGUUGCUAAAGAAUGACAACAUCAUUGCUUGGAUAGACGAACCAUCCUCCAAAGAAUCAGUGGGGAAUUGGCACCGUCCCGUAUCCACAGACGAAAUGCUGUCGGGUGCCUGUCAGGGUAUUGUGGCGGUGGUUUGUCGCGCCAAUGAUGCUGCCACCACGGAAUGGAUCCAACCCAUCAACGACGUAGACUCCGCCAUUGCCGCCGCUGCAGAGCGUGCCUUUUUAGACACGUUAGAUUCCUUCUCGCCCUGGGUCGGCAGACCACCUUUGGCAAGCCUUAUGGAACGAGAACGACGCGAGAAGGAACACUCUUGGGUCUUUCAAGGACUAUUGGCACGGCCGGAUGGUGCAAAGGUAAUCCGAAGAGUGGAACGGUGCACAAUGACCGAGUCAACCUCCGAGGAGGUGGCCCGUGGUGUGGGGCAAUCAGUUGCAGAACAGAUACUGGAGGAAGCUGGACCUGAUUUCUACAAGUAGCAAAGUAUCACAACGUGGGGGGAGCAGCUAAUUGUACAUUGCGCACGGCACGGUAGUGGUACCAUACUGGAUAAAGAAAUCUAAAGAAAGUUAGUAACUAUCUAGUUAUGAACAG